GUUUCCAGAACAAGUUGCAUCCACGCGCCGAGCUCAGACGGAUAACAGCGAGGAUUAACGAAAUGAGUGAUGUACCGUCAAAAUUGACACCGUCGUGAUUUCGCCACGAAUUCCCAUUUUCUCCCUCCCUCCCUCCCUCAAGCCUUCCCCUCCGGCCAAAAUUCAGUUAGCCUGUAUCUAUCUAUCAAUCUAUCUAUCUAUCUAUCUAUGUAAUCAAAUGCUUCUCCAGCUCCAUCUCUUCAAUCACGUUCGUUAAUGCCGAUACGAGUAGGUGCGUCCGUCGGCGUACUACAACGCUUAUCUUUCGUCGGGGAUCGUUAGAGGAAAUGGAGGUGGAGUGGUGGGUGGGAAUGGUGGAGCUGCUCAAUAAGCCAGCGGUGAUGGAAGCAUUCGUCGACAUUUUGGUCUGCAUCGUCCCGAUUUGGGUGGCGGUGAUGAUCGGCCUCAUGAUUGGCUGGUCCUGGCGGCCGCGCUGGACCGGGAUUCUGGCUCUCGGCCUUAGGUCUAAGUUGAACCGGAUUGUCUGGACCGCUCCUCCCGGGUUCGGUGCUCGCCGCCUCUGGUUCGCAUUCACGGCUCUGUCUGCGUUCUCGGUUGGCCGGAGGUUGUGGAAUAGUUUCCGUGGCAGGACGCGGAAACCGUCUUCCGAGUCGGUGGAUGUUUCGGCUCCGGUGGAUGGAGAAGGUGCUGCUUGGACGACCACGGCCUCGGAUUUGAUUGAGAGGAGGAGCACUGAGGAUAUUAUCCAGUGCAUUACUGGAAAUUCUGGCCAAGAGAAAGAGGAUGUAACAGAAAAUGAUCUGGAACAUUUUUUGCUACUUCUAGAUGGCAAAUAUGGGGAGAUGGCAUGGCAAAGCAUGAUGGAACGGUCUACUUCAAACAUGACAUACCAAGCUUGGCGGCAUGAGGCUGAGAAUGGCCCACCUGGGUUGCUACUCCGGAGCAAAACUGUGUUUGAGGAUGCAACUCCGGAGCUUGUCAGAGAUUUCUUCUGGGAUGAUGAGUUUAGGCCUAAAUGGGAUCCGAUGCUUGCAUACUUCAAGAUAUUGCAGGAAUGUUCUCAUAAUGGGUUCAUGAUAGUUCACUGGAUCAAAAAGUUUCCAUUUUUCUGCAGCGAUCGUGAGUAUAUCAUUGGUAAACGAAUAUGGGAAUCAGGAAGAGCAUAUUAUUGUGUAACAAAGAGUGUUCCAUAUCCAGCUUUGUCAAAGCGGGACAAACCUAGGCGUGUGGAUGUGUACUUCUCAAGUUGGGUUAUCAGGCCUGUGGAAUCACAAAAGAGAGACGGACAAUUCUCUGCUUGUGAAGUCACCCUUACCCAUUACGAAGACAUGGGAAUUCCCAAGGACGUCGCAAAGCUAGGUGUUCGUCAUGGUAUGUGGGGAACCGUUAAGAAGCUGCACGCUGGCUUCAGAGCAUAUCAGAACAUGAGGAAAACCGAUGCACCGGUAUCAAGAUGUGCCACGAUGGCAGGAAUCACCACGAAACUAUCAAGCGAGGAGUAUGGUCAGCGGGAGGUCGUGUCCAGGGAAGAGCAAAGUGGUGAGGUUUCAAACGUCGAGCACGGGAGAAAUGGCAGCGGAAUUGACUGGAAAUGGGUGGUAAUAGGAGGAACUGUGGCUCUGGUCAGCCUUCACACAGGAUUAUUAGGCAAAGCUCUGUUAAUUGGGGCAGGACAAAGAGUUGGCCGGAAACGAGGAAAUCCUAGGUGAGGAUUUGGCUCACUUGUGUUUUCCAGAAAACCAUCUUCCAUUUGUUGUACUAGCUAUUGCAAUGAAUAUAAAAAUAUGAUUAUAUUUAAAAUUUGUUUGUUUAUUUUUCUUUUUUUUUUGGAUUUGAACAUUGUGAGUUGUUUAUCAUGCCUUGUUCAUUUGGACAUUUGGUAGGCGCUACAACAUUAUUAAACCCCAAGCCUCACCAGUCACCCCGCCUCUUCUUCUCCUUCAAUUCUUGUCCCAUUGGCAGCUUUUGGAUUGAAUUUUAA